UCCGCACUUCGAGAACGGCGGAUCAGAUCAGAACGCGGGAUACAAUAACAUCGAUCGCGAAUACUUAUUAUAUUAGGAGCCAUUUUACUGCUAAGAUAUCCGGAACGGACUGGCGAGCUCAUUCAUCAUUGUCGCCCAUUUGCUGUCCCACAUAUUCCUCACUCCGUUUACGGCGAUGUCAACUAAUCGGGGUAAACUCAGCAGUUCUACUUCGUCGUUCACUGCAGGACUAGUUUUAUGUAUUGCCUUAUGCAGUGUUAUAACUGCCACAUCCGAUAAGCCCAAUAUAAUCAUUAUUAUGGCCGAUGAUUUGGGUUUCGACGACGUAAGUUUCCGCGGCUCCAACAACUUCCUCACUCCCAACAUUGAUGCUCUGGCCUAUAGCGGAGUGAUCCUGAACAAUCUAUACGCCGCUCCCAUGUGUACUCCCAGUCGAGCUGCUCUUCUAACUGGAAAAUAUCCCAUUAGUACAGGUAUGCAGCAUUAUGUAAUUGUGAACGAUCAACCCUGGGGUCUUCCAUUAAAUGAGACCACCAUGGCGGAGAUUUUCCGGGAAAAUGGCUAUCGAACUAGUCUCUUGGGAAAGUGGCACUUGGGAAUGUCACAGCGCAACUUCACGCCCACUCAACGGGGCUUCGAUCGGCAUUUGGGCUACCUUGGGGCCUAUGUUGAUUACUACACGCAGAGCUAUGAACAAAAGAACAAAGGCUUAAAUGGCCACGAUUUCCGGGAUAAUUUGAAAUCCACUCACGAUCAGGUGGGUCACUAUGUCACCGAUGUGCUUACCGAUGCUGCCAUCCAGGAAAUCGAGGAUCAAGGAUCGGGAAAAAAUAACCAGCCCCUCUUUCUGCUUUUAAAUCACCUGGCUCCACACGCUGGAAAUGAGGAUAGUCCAAUGCAGGCACCUGCCGAUGAGUUGGCCAGAUUCGAUUAUAUUGGAAAUGAAACCCACCGCUUCUAUGCCGCAAUGGUUUCGCGACUGGACAAAAGCGUGGGAAUGGUCAUAGACGCCCUGGCACGACAGGAAAUGCUCCAAAACAGCAUCGUACUCUUCCUGUCUGAUAAUGGGGGGCCAACCCAGGGAACCCACUCCACCACCGCCUCCAAUUAUCCAUUGAGGGGACAAAAGAAUACCCCCUGGGAGGGUGCCCUGCGAUCCUCGGCGGCCAUUUGGAGCACUGAGUUCGAGCGCUUGGGAAGUGUAUGGAAACAGCAAAUCUACAUUGGCGACCUCCUACCCACGUUGGCAGCAGCAGCGGGAAUAUCGCUGGACCCGGAACUCCACCUGGAUGGUUUGAACCUCUGGUCGGCCCUUAAGUACGGAUACGAGUCGGUGGAGCGGGAGAUUGUCCACAUAAUCGAUGAGGAUGUGGAGGAACCCCAUCUGUCAUACACGCGUGGCAAGUGGAAGGUAAUCAGCGGUAGUACCAAUCAGGGACUUCACGACGGCUGGCUGGGUGAAAGAGUGACCAGUGAGGUGGAUCCGCGGUCUGGGGAGUACGAGGAUAUCAUUCGGAACACCAGUGUCUGGCAACAGUUGCAGCAGGUAUCCGCCGGAGAGCGCAACAUCAGCGAACUGAGGGAUCAGGCCAGGAUCGAGUGCCCGGAUCCUGCGACAGGAAUCAAACCCUGCAUGCCCCUUGAGGCACCCUGUCUCUUCGACAUCGACGCGGAUCCCUGCGAACGGAGCAACCUGUAUGAGGAGUAUCAAAACACGACCAUUUUCCUGGAUCUUUGGGCUCGAAUUGAGCAGUUUGCCAAACAGGCCCACCCUCCGAACAAUAAACCUGCGGAUUCGGAAUGCGAUCCCCGAUUUUACAACAAUGAGUGGACGUGGUGGAAGGAUGAGCAGCGUUCUAAUUCGGGCACAAUUGUGGGGAUGAACGUUUUCAGCUUUCUCUUAGUACUCAUCCUUACGAGUCGGUAGAUUCUCUAAAUUCAAGAUAACUUCUUGUGUUUUAUACCAGCAAUAAUACUAAAAGGUAUUAAAAUUACUAUAGUACUAAUUUAUUUGCCGCAAAAAAUCGAGUAAUGGAAAUUGAUAAGCAAUGGAAAUAUUUAUUUAUGCUGAUAACAACUAGGCGGUGUCUCUAUACCACUCACUGUGAAUCGGGAGUUUGGAGCAAACCAAUUUAGAUAAUUUAUAAUUUAAUUUUGACCAAGCUGUAAACAUUUCUGAGUAAUGUCUAAAUGGCUCCAGUGUCCAAUAGCCAAUCCGCCUGCUUAUCUUAUCAAUCACUUCUGCGAAAACUGAUAAGCAGAAAACCCCCUUUAAAUCAAUCAAAACCACACAAAAGUAGAUCUCUGUCAAUCAAAGUGGUUUACAAGUGCUUAACAGAACUUAAUGAAAAUGUGAAGAUUUUUAUAUUUUACGACCAUCAGUUUACUCCAGGUUUAAUUUUGUAAUCAACCAAGCGGAUAUUAUGGUUAUCACAACGAUAAUGUUAAAAAUUAUAUGAGACUUAAUUUACUUGUUAUGUUUGCCAAAUUCACCAUAAGAUAUUAUAAACUAAGGCCCGUUUUUUCAUCCUUAUGAUAAAAUAAAAUAGGUUUAAGACAUCGAAACUAAAAAGCUGAAAAUAUAAUUUUCUUUUAACAUGAGGAGGAGCGAACGUCCUUAACUCAGUCAAACGUUAGGGUUUGUUUUGUAAAUAUUUUUUAAGCGAAUUAAAUUGCUUGUGAU